AUGUCGGGCAUGCCGAAUGCCGAGCUCGUGCGCGAGCAACAGCAACCAGGAGAUCCUAUGGGAUCUUCUGCGCAUCCGAAUGCAUACGUACCUGAAGUGGGCGGCCUAGGAUCGGAGCUGCCGGAAGCGCCACGAGACAAGUUCUUUCGCAAGAUGCGCGAGCAGCCUUUGGUUCCUAUUGGCUCAUUGCUCACAUGCGGCGCACUCAUCGCUGCAUCCAACCACCUCCGAUCGGGCAAUCGAGAUCAGUUCAACAAGGCGUUGCGAUGGCGUGUCGGCUUCCAAGGCUUAACCGUCCUAGCUGCGCUUGUCGGAUCUUUCUACUACGGCCAACAAGCAGCAGCGACGAUCCCGGCUCCCGCUUCGUCUUCAGCCGAUGCCCCGUUGCAACAAGGCGCAGUAACAACGCUACCAGGAAGGGCACCGACCGUGUGGCAACAGACGAGAGCUGAUGAACGCGCCAACAAGGGUAGGAACGAAUUCGAGGGCAGAGUCGGCCAAGCACUCGAUAGGGAGUUGAACGACGAUAAGAGGUUGGAAGAGGCGCUGUUGGGAAAGGAGGAGGAAAUCAAUCUGGAACAGUUGAAAAAGACGGCGACCAAGCCGAGACCCGUGAUCGGUCAGGAUGCGAGGCGACAAGUUUAG